CGAGGCUCUACCGAUCGAGAGCAAAUAGUCGCGAUGUGGAAAUUGUUGAAACUGAGAUACCCAUAAAAGGUUGCUUUUAAGGUAUUAAAUAAACGAUUGACAGGAUGGAGGAUAGUUUAGAUGCCAUAGAAAAUGCUAACGGCGAUGACAAAAAGACAUACGAGGAGGCUUGCAGAAAUGUGGGUCGUCAGGAAGAAACAUCAAGUGGAUUGCAGCAACAGACAGACACGCGAUCUGAUAGAAAAAUCGAUCCUACCCCAUCACCGGUCAAUGAUUCGAUAUUCAACAACCAAAGGGUAUUCAAAAAAUCUUUACCGAACAACAAAUUGAUCCUUUACUUAAUUAAUCGUGAUCUCAUAGUCUACAAUGGGAAAAUAGAUAAGCUCUUGGGCGUAAUAAUGGUAGAUCCAGAAUACGUUGAAAACAAACGGGUGUACGGACAAGUCACUUUGACCUUCCGAUAUGGACGAGAGGAUGAAGAGGUAAUGGGACUAAAAUUUUGCACCGAGGCAAUAGUCUGCUUCGCCCAACUGUAUCCUCCAUAUCCGGGCUCAGAUCACCAAGAGCCAUCGACAGCUUUACAGGAAGCCUUAAUUAGAAGACUAGGACCUACUUCUCAUGCAUUUUCUAUGGAGAUUCCAGCAGUUGCUCCACCCUCAGUCCAUCUUUUGCCCGCUAAAGAGUAUAAUGGAGCCCCUAUUGGAACUUGUUACGAUGUAAAAGUUUAUGUCGCUGAAAGAACAGAUGAAAAAGUUCAUCGUAAUUCAGCAAUACGAAUGGGAAUAAGAGUUGUACAACGUACAAAUCCAGCACCUGUACCAGUGAGUAAUCUCUACUCGGUUUCACAACCAGCAACAAUUCAAUCUGACUGCAGGCCACAAAGGACACGAAUAAUGGAGGGUGAGAAUGAGAUCGUUGAGUGCGACGAGCCACAACCCCCCCAUGCCAUAGUCGAGAAACCAUUUCUACUAAAUGCCGGUUCAAUACGCCUAGAGGUGCAUCUAGAUCGCGCUAAUUAUACUCACAGCGACGCUAUACAAGUCCACGUGACUAUUAAUAAUGAUAGCCACAAAUCCGUAAAGAGGAUUCAGAUUUUACUACUUCAGCACGUGGACGUGUGUAUGUUUAAAAGUGGGAAAUUUAAAAACGUCGUCGGAGCAGAGGCAGAACGAGAAAAUUGUCCUCUAGCUCCUGGGACAAAUUUCACAAAAACGUACAGUGUUAAGCCGACAAUGAGUUCAACUAAAAAUUGGAUCGCGCUUGAAGAUAAUUAUACUAAGACCGGAAGUAGUUUGGCCUCAACAGUCGUCUGCGCUGGAUAUAAUGACAAAGACAGAGAUCCUUUUGCGAUCAAUGUAUCUUAUUACGUAAAAGUAAAACUUCUCGUCUCAUUGAUGGGCGGAGUAGUUUCUGUCAAAUUGCCAUUUACGUUAAUGAAUCGAACUUCGGAUUCAGAGCUGUGCAGCUUUCCAUCACCGCUGAGAAACCCGUCGUCGCCGAUGGUAGCAACAUCGAAUGAAAAUAAUGUAUGCAAAGACGAAACAGGGUAUUUAGCAGUGAUGGAAACGUCUGUUCAGAUGGACAGCGGGAAGGUGAGCACUGAGUUGGCAAAAAGGAAAAUGACUGACGUGGAUAUUAUAGAGAAGAAUGAGAUUUCGGAAAGUACCUGAGAGCAGGACAGGGCUUACGCUGUCAUAAGCCAGCCCUGUAAUAUUAACAAUUCAAAUUCAAAUAAUAAUAAAAGUAUUGCGAGUAAUACGAUCAAAACUCUCAGUAAUACUAAUCACGGAAAUUGCACAGAGGGUUUCAGUAUUCAAAGAGCUUGUUGCUGUUUUCGACGAGCGUCCUAGUGUAUAUUUAUCAACUGUAUAAAUUUAAUUAUCUUCAAUAAGUUUAUUGAUACAAAAAAGUCAAUUUAAUUAUUAAGAUGUUUUUUUUUUUUAAAUAU